CCCUCUCUGCUUCCUCUAUGCUUCCUCUAAAAGGCAGGCAGAGCCACCAGCGUUGCAGAGAGGCUGAGACCAGCCCAGACAGCUCCAGCUCUCACAUCCAAGCUCCCUGCAGACAUGAGGGUCUCCACAGCACUUCUGUGCCUGCUGGUUACAGCUGCCGCCUUCAGCACCCAGGCGCUCGCCCAGCCCGAUGCAUUCAGUGCCCUGUUCACUUGCUGUUUCACAUUUAACAAUAAGAAGGUCCCCUUGCCAAAGCUGACGAGCUAUCGAAUCACCAGCAGCCACUGUCCUCAGAGAGCUGUCAUCUUCAGGACGAAACUGGCCAAGGAGGUCUGUGCUGACCCGAAGGAGAAAUGGGUCCAGGAGUAUAUGAAACAGCUGGAUCAAAAAUCUCGUGCCCCGAAGCCUUGAACUCUUCCAGAUACACUAAGACCAAGCCAGAGUGUGAGAAGCUAUUUAUUCUCCUCCAGUCUGCCCAGCUAUACCCUGGACUAAUUUUACUGUAAUUUUCAAAUAGAGUGCUUUCUGUAUUGUAAUGCAAAAAAAAAAAAAAAAGUACUAGGUCUUAAGUAAUAUUUAAUGUUAUUUUGAAUUGUUGCUGGUUUGGGGGCUAUUUUUAAUGUUGGUGAUUUUUUUAAAGCAAGCCCUUGAGCCAGCUGCUUCCUGUCGUAAGCCCCACUUCCCUGACCUGUAAGCUGCAAGUAAUCGGUCUCCUGCCAUUGUAUGCGCCUCCAAAUCAUGGGCUACUGCAAUGUGGGGAAGGGGGACCUUGCAAAUGUGAGGUGUGGCUAACACUGUUAUUGCAGAAAGGAGAAUGCAAUUUGUAAGAUUGUGGGCUUGUUGCAGAAAAUAUAUUUUGUGUAAAAUCUCA